AUGUCUUUUCAGCUUUCGAUACGGAGUUGUUGGCAAAUAGGCUCUGGAAUUGGCCCAUCAGACGAGAACAAAUUGAGUAUGGCAACUGUGUUUGAUGAAAUUGAACGCUCAUCGAAAGAGCCCUCUUCGCGUUAUUCCAUAUCAAAUCAAUUAGAUUGUACAGUUUCCACAGCACCAACCUGCUCCUCUAGUGCUCCACUCAAAUCCACACUAGCAGUACCGCAGGAUACAUUCUCCUGUUCUCCUAACUUUUCAAACUCCCAUCACCGAUCAUCCAGAUUUACUCCUCACGGAAAUUGUAUGACACCCGAGAAUCCACUUUCGAUCAAUACUUCCUCACCUCCCCUCCAUGCUUUCAAACAAUUUCAGUCCAAUGAUACUAGCUCAAACUCUGUCCAUUCGAGUAAGUCAUAUCAAUUUUAA